AUGGCCAGUCCACCUCCAUCCUACGGCGAGCCUCCUCCCCUCCAAAGUUACCGCAGGUCCUUUACUGUCCCUUCGCGCGCACUCUCCCUUCAUGAAAAAGCUGGCCUGGACAAAUCAGACGCCGAUGCCGAUAUCCUAUACUCCCAUCCCUCUGCGCGCAUCAUCGCCUUCUCCCCACCUAAGGAGUCAAUCCCUCCACAAAGCAAGGAGACAUUGCCCGAUGCCGACUACCCCAUUGAUACGGUAGAGACCCUGCCAUGGCGAUCGCGCUCCGAGAUCCUGGCCUCCACCGGGCCCAUAGUAAUAGAGAAGGUCCGUGGUUCCAGCUAUUUCCUUAAAUCCGCCGACCAGAAGGUCAUCCACACCAUCAUGCGCAAUUCGCAAUGUUGGUGUGUCGACGGCGAAUCGAAAUUCGUCUUGCGCACAGGCAAGUUCAGAUAUUACAGAAUCGAGCUGCCCUCGGAAACAGAAGAGGACAAGAAGAAGGUCGAGGAAUUAAAAACCGCGCUGCCGAAAGUACUCCGGUUUGAAAGGACGCCAUGUCCUUUCAAGCGCGCAUUUCACGUGGAUCUUCCAGAGGAUGCAAUAACGCCUCGAAGGAAAGGUACAUGGAAAAGAAAACAGCAACCAGAACCUGUGACGCCAAAUACUGACCCGUUGCCGGUCGGAAGGACGAGGAAUCCACGAUCGUGGAGCUUCCAAGGACAGAACGGCUUGACAUCCGUUCAGACUUAUGGGCGCCGUGGAUCAGACUACGGUUACAGUCCAAGUCCAAGCUCAUCUCGGUCCCGGCCGGCAAUCGACGGCUAUCGGUCCUCCACCCCAUCGAGUGUGGCUUCUAGCGAGGACGUCCAUGAAAGGACACAGUAUGACGAGUCAAGCGAGGAUGGAUUGCAGCACGAAGAGGAUCAUGAGGAGGUUGAUUUCAGGCAGAAGCUUGAUAAAGGCACAGAUGACGCUUCGCACCCGCAGCGGCCGCCUAUCGCUGGUGAAGAAUCAAUGAACCUGUACCAAUCAUCUUCAAGCGAGCACGAAGGCGGUCGACAUGAAGAAUCGGAGGAUGUGUCCCCUGCGCAGCUCGCUGAUCCUUCAGCGGUCGGAGCUGGAGCAGAGCCAAGCAUUGAAGUGAAGGCGACUUCAAUACAGUCCGAACAAAGUGAUGUGGACGAAAUAUCAGACAAUGCAAAUGCACGAGAACCAGCAGAGGAGAACUUGGAAAAUGAGGUUCAUCACGAGAGGAUUUGCCCAGCUAUGGAACAUGCGGAAGCACGGCCGGAAGGGCGUCGUGAGGAUGAUGAGGAAGCUUCCGUGGAUGGAGCUUCCGACGAGUCAAUACGAGCGAGCCUAACAUCUGUGUCCACUGAAACCGAAUCUGGCAUGGCUCUCUCCCAAAAAUUUGAGCCGUUGACCGACGGCGCAGGUGUCGAGGCCAUGAAAGAGUUGGCCUCAGCAGAUACUAUAGAGGACACCGAGGAAGCCCCGUCAUUACACCAGAAAGAGGAUUUUGAGGCGCAUGAAGUAGUCGCCGCCGUAAACGAGGGUGCUCUUAGCAGGGUGUCGAGUGUGGACUCCUUCUACACGACAGAUUCUGCAACACAAGAACCGCUUAAUGAGCAUGUUCAAGUCAUCGACUUUGACCAAGCGCCCCAUGCGGAAGAGUUCACUCCUUUCUCUCUGAACAGAAAUCAGCACCAAAGAGGUCUUUCGGAACUCACGGUCACGGCAUCCACUGUGGAAUCCGAACGCAGUCCUACGCAACGGCCCUCAACCAGCGACUCAAUGGACAAGCCUUCAACUCCAGGUCUCGCGCAAUCUUCUAUGUCCGAUUCAUCGUGGCCGGAGGUUCAUACACCCCCAUCCUCACUUCCCAAAGAAGGAUUGAGACGGCGCUUGAACAUCAAACGAUCCUUUUCUCCUCUCCCACCAUCCACGACCUUGCUAUCACCUUCUCCCUCCCCAACAAACUAUGGAAGCCCCUUUACGGCCGAAUUUCUCCAGAAAGCCGCUAACGUGGCUUUGGUCAAGCCAAUCGAAGCGGUUGUUCUGCUGGUCCACAUUCUAGCUCGCAUCGCCGGUGGUGCCACGGUGAGUGAUCUACUUAGUGGCGAGUUGUUUCGCAGACCAGAGGCACAUCGGAGGAGGACAAGUUUCCCAGACCAACCUCCGGGGCCAAGGGAUGAUAGCGAAGAAGAAGAUGACUUUGGAGUGCCGAUCAGAGGGCGGACGAAAAGUCAAGAUCCGAGUAUGACUCCCGGCACAACAAGCACUAUGACGACGAAGGAUGACGAUCCAGACUCCAUAUUCGAUCUGGAUUAG